AUGUCGAUUAAAAGAGGCAUGCAAAGAGCAUGGCACAAAUUCUUAUAAACUAACUUUAAUGUGUUCAUGAGAAGUGGAUAGAACUUAGAUAAAUAGAGAAAGUAUUAACACAUUGAAAUUCAGCAACAAUUUUAAGAUAUGGAAAAUGAGAGAAAGAAAUAAAGAUUACUUUUGAUUGAAUACAAGAAAAAAAUGAAAAAGAAAUUAAUUGAGCAAUAAUUAGAUUAUUUGAAUAAGCAAAAAGAAUUGGGAAUUAUCAAUUCAAAGGGUUAUAGUGAAGAAUAGAAGUAGUUAUUAGAGGAAACUAAAAAAUUAGAAGGUAUUAAAACUGCCGAAUAAUUUGAUUCAGUUGAGUAAUAUGCUAAGGAGAUGAUGAAAAAAUAGCUUGAACUAAAGAAUGAAAAUGCUUAAACAAUUUAUAAGAUAACAUCAGACAAAGAUGAAGAAGAUUUAAAAGAAGAAUUAAUGAUUGCACUCUCAAAAAUUAAUAGUGAACUAGAGCAAAUAAAAGUUACAAAAUAGGAAUUAGAGCAAGUUAAUACAAAGAUUGAAGAAUUAGAACCUGAUUAUAUUUUAAUUACAGGAAUGAAAAAACAAUUAGUACUCAAUCAAAUCGCUUAUUAUGAAUUCUAGUCUAGAAAUCUUUAAGGUUUUAAUUUACACCCUGAAACAAUGAAAGCUAUUGAAAAAAUACAUUAUGAUGUUGAUCAUAAUAUUCCUGUCAAAAGAGAAUUGUUAUUUGAAGUAUGUCCAGAACUUUUUGAAGCAGAACUUGAGACAAUGGAAAAAAUUGAACGUGAUAAAAUUUUAGCUAAAAGACCUAGACUUGAUAGUAACGAUUCUUCAGUCAUUAAGGUUACUGAAAAGUAUCCUAAGCAUGAUGAAUUACCAAAGCCUUUGCAUCCUCUUGAAUAAAUCAAAGUUGAUGAGUACGAGAUGAGAGAUUUUGUUUAUAGAAAAUGUGGUUAAUUUGCUUAAAAAUGGGCUGAACAUAUUUAUAUUAAAAGAGAAGCUGGAUUUGCUAAUGUUCAUUUAGUUUUGGAAAACAUUGAAUUGAAACCUGAAGAAAAAUUAACAGAAGAAGAGAAAGAAUUGAAAAAAGAUUUGUAAGAAUUGAAAAAAAUAAAUUAAGAUUUUGCUCAUUUCUGUGAGCUUCUCAAGGAAAAAGCAAUUCAAGAACAAAAGAAAUUAUAAAUUCCUGAAUUUGUCAAGUAAAAUAAAAAACUUGAAGCUGCUUGGAUUGAGAAAUGGGAAACUUUAGUUGGAAAUUCAUAUGAAUUUAGUGAAAGUUUGUUAAUUCCUGACAACUCAAACACUAACGAAAAUUAAUUUGAUCACAUACUACAAGAAUACAGAAGAGCUGAUAUUAAAUCACUUAUUGAAUAAUCAAACGAAGAAUAUAAAAAAAUUGUUGGUGGUGAUGAACCAGUAAGAGCUAGAGACCCCAAAGAAAAAAAUGUUAAUUUGAUAUAGAAGCUUAAUAUUUUAUCUGAGGUAAUGAAUUAAUUACCAGAAAGAGAAGAAAGAAAGCUUAUUCCUCAAUUUGUUGGUUAAGUUACCUAUUCAGAUCAUCCUGAAGAAAAAAGAAUUUUACUCACUGAAAUGACAAAAAUUUUAUUCUUAAACAAUUAAAAUCCUAAGAAAUAUAAUGUUGAGUUUUGGGCUAAUCAUUUCAAUUUAGAGCCUCAAAAGCUAAGAAACAUAUUCAAUUAUAUCUCUUAUGCAAUUCCCGAUGUAACAAAUGAAAAAGAAACUGGAAAAGUCUUCCGUUUUAUUUAUGAAAGUUGA